UGCACCCUGUCCCCCUCCACUAUAGACCAGUCCAGGUAAACAUGCUUUCAGUGCUGGGUGGUAUUCUCCAUAUUUGGGACGCCCUCUCCAAGCACACAAUGCCUGGCCCUCGCUAGUUGCCCUAAUCAAGUUAUAUAACAUCACAGCCUCUGAGGUAACAGUCGGUCAUGAUGGAUAUGAAGUUCGCCGGUGUUUUGGUAGCCAUCUUGGUUUGCCUCAUCCCUGUACAAGGUCAGGAUAAAGCUUCGAUGGACAAAACCAUCAGAUACUUCGCGGACAUCAGCCUGCAAUGUGACAGUUUAGCUCUGAAUAUUUCUGAUGAUAUGAGCCAAGUCAGAAAGCUCUACUGGAUUUUGACAGAUGGUGUUUUAGUUGACAGCACUUCAACCAAUCUGCCCAAGAAUGUGGCUCUGUCCGCUAACAGCUACACACUCAACAUCACCAAGAUUUCCGACCCCAUGUUUGGCUACUAUCACUGCGUGAUUUUAUUCAACAACAACACAGUCCAAGCAAUCAGAAGGGGCGUCAAUGUGGACGGUGCUGAUUUUACCGAGCUUCACGACCAAUAUCGCAGUAACGCCUUAAUUGGUGGAAUUGCCGCUGGUGUCAUGGUGGCCAUUGUUGGUGUGAGUUGUCUUGUCUGGCACUUCCGGUUCAGAAAGGAUUUCAACGAUAGGGAAGACCUGUACAAGCCAGAUAAGAUCAAUGGAACCAGUGUCGCAUAUGAUAACACUGCUGUGGAGAUGGAAGACAAGGAACCCCAGACUGAGGAAAAGUCCAAUGGGGUAAUUGAUGAAAGACUUUGAAUAUUACCUGUUACAUAGAAUAUUCAAGAAGACUUAUUCAACUGUCUCAAGUCUUAGUGAGCGAGUUAAAAUUUAAUGUCGCAUCGGCAUUUUUCCAUCCAUAAAGCGACGAGUCACAAGUCUUAGUGAGCGAGUUAAAAUUUAAUGUUGCAUUGGCAUUAUUCCAGCCAUAAAGCGACGAGUCUCAAGUCUUAGUGAGCGAGUUAAAAUUUAACGUCGCAUUGGCAUUGUUCAAGCCAUAAAGCAACGAGUCUCAGGUCUAAGUGAGCGAGUCAAAAUUUAACGUUGCAUCAGCAUUAUUCCAGCCAAGUCUCAAGUCUUAAAGGGACUAUGUACACACAGGGUACUUUAUGUUUACUGGUUACAUAUAUACCUUCUUCUUAGGUCCUUGUUUUCUAAAGUUUUAAAGUUCAUAUGGCAGGUACGCCAUAACUUACAUUUGUAUAGCCCUGUAGAGAAUCUCACCUGCAUGUCUUUUGAUAUCAAAUAUGUCAGUGAGUGUUGAUACAUUUGGUAUUGAAAGACACAAGGGUUUGAUUCUAUUCAUCAUUCAGACUUAUUCUUCUUAGUAUUUUAGUUUUUUAGCAGUAAUCAACAGUGUCUGGGGAUAAGAAAGUACAGCUAACCAGCUUCAGAGGCAGACAGAUUAGUGAUGUCAUUUGAUUGUGAUGGUAUGAUAACCAAUGAGGUCACAAUGGCCUGCAAAGCCAUUGAUACAAUUUCAUAGUACCCUAUCUCCUAGGAUAUAUUGCUUGAUCUCACUCAAGCCAUAUCUUAUGUGGAAGCCAGUUUUGUACAUAAAACAAAAUUUUAGUUUGCCCUCUUUCAUUUAUCUUAAUAUUCACAAGAAAAGAUUUGGACUGUUCUAUGAGCCCCUUUGAUACAUUGUUAUCAGGAUAGUCAUACUUCUUCAGGGCACGCACAACCAGUAUUUUAGAAAUUGGUGGAUAUUAUUCAUACAGUUGUGUACAAUAUUUAGAAAUCAAUAUGUUCCUGCUUCAAUACAAUGACGCUAUGUGUUUCAUUCACCUAUCUUACUUGUUGUGUCAUAACAACACAUUCUUUUUGUACAAUAUCUAAUAGACAAUAUAUAUACCAGCAAUACUAUAUCUGUAAUACAAUAUGGUUUUUUUAUUUUAUUGUGUUUUUGGAGGGGUAGGAGCAAUCUAACCUUCAACUUCUUGUGAUUGUUGUGCCCGUAGACUAUCAAGGCUUAAGGCCUCCUCCAAAAUAUAUGUGUGAUUCCGGUUUUCCCAUCUUCCCAUGACAAGAGCGUCCACUAGCCUUAUUUAUCAAAGUCUUGUUUCCACCCUUGCCACAUCAAGCCCACUUUCCUGUGCUAAGUAUGAUUGGACUAUCACACAUAUCGAUAGUCCAAUCGGAGAACGUUUCACAAAAUCAACAUCCACGACUUGUAUGAAAGUGAUGUUUUUUUCAUCUGUUAACACCCCCACCAACGAUUGCCUAUGUUUUUGUGUCAGGGAUGAAAUCGCAAAUGUUUUCGUUAUCUGAUCGACUAUGUCGUCGCCUAUGGUAGUCGCCAUCUUUGUGAAGCUAUACAAGGAUCUACGGGAGGUGGGGCCAGUGUAGAGCCAAGGAAAUUGGUCUUGAUGUGGCAAGGGUAGAAACUAGGCUUUGAUACAGGCUAGUGGACACGCUUGCCUCGGGAAGAUGGGUUUUCCAGACUGACCCAAGGACUUUUAUCGCAUUGUUUUUUGAGUUGCCCCAUCAUCCCAGUGUUGUCUGAAUGUCUUUUAAAGAAAACUAAAUAUCUAAGCGAAAAAAACAACACAAUCUACCCUUCUAUGUUUGCAUGGGCUGAAAUAGGAACUGAACGUUUUGUUUUACCUAAUCUGUUUUGUGCAUACAUAUGCUACUCAGCUUUUGAUAGGGGCAUGACAUAUUAAAGUCUUUCUAUUACCUAUUCCUUCCUAAUUAUUAUAAUUAUUUAUUUGAUGUACCAUGAUAUAAAAGAAUAUCACACACCAUGGAAUGUUCAGAAUAUCCCAGUCAAGCCUUUGGUAUUAUAUAUAUAUAUAUAUACAACAUAUCAAGAUGUGAUGUACAUUCUUGUUUUGCUACAAAUGUUGUAAUAUCAUUCCAGUCAUUGUUUUUAUGUCUACUAAUCUCAUUAAAAUCAGAUCGUUUAGUCCUGAUACCAUACGUCUCUGCAUGAAGAUCAGGUGAACCGUGAUCGAGCUAUCCGUGGCUGCCCAGUCGAAGUGAAGGAUGCAAGGAUUGAGCCAAUCAGAUGUCAGCUUUCUAAAAUGAUUCAGCUUCAUUUCUUUGAUUUUGAAAUUUUGGUUUGUACAAAUGAAAACCACACAGAACACAAAUAUUCAUUUAAUUGUGCUGCAAUGUGGACGAAGAUGCCACAGUACUCGGAUAUGACAAGGUGUAUUAAAUAUCAACACUAAUGGGGCGACCUUAUUUAUCUGCAUUCCAAAUUUGUUGUUAGAGUUUGUUUAUGAGAUACAGAAAUCAGAUAUGGUUGUCUGAAGGCUUCACUCACUUGUACUGAGAAUUUGAAAGCCUCAACAAAGUUUGACUGAAUAGAAAGGUCAUAUACAUAGAGGCAUCGUCAGAUCUUCACAUAGAAUGGUUUUGUAUCGGAGUAAUAGAUCUGAUUUUAAUGAGAUUGUCAUGCCUUCAAUAAAUAUGUGAAUAUUUUGUAUUGAUUUGUACAUGCUAUUUGUUAAUCAGAAAUAAACAUUUGUAUAAUUCAAA